GCGAAUCAGUGUGCGAGUCUCUCUGCCAUUUGCGCGUCGGUACCCGGCUACGCGACACAGAGAGUGGUGUUACCGGAAUUCUACGUGUGUUCGCCGGUGCGUAAAGAGGACGCGGCUCUCUCAUUUGGUGCGUUCAUUAUAACGCGUGGUGCUUCAAUCUUUUCAACGAUAAUCUUAAAGAAUCUGAAGGAUGGCGGAUACGGAAGUAAAGGAUACAAAAGUGGCUACCAGCCCAGAGAAAAAAGUGAUAGAAGAAGAAAAGAAAGUAGUUCAGGAGGUUGAUGAGGACUCUAAAACCUCUGAAAAUGGUCAAGCCACGGAGACCACAGAAAAUGGUUCUAGCGAGGAAAAAGAAACAGAAGAAAAGGAAGAAGAAUCCACCGAAAAUGGUGAUUCCACAGAUGCACCAGCUGACAGCUGUUGUAUAAAGAGGAAAUCAACAGCUUUAAAUGACGCCGCGGAAGAUAAUGCUUCCGAUGGAGCAAGCCCUGAAAAGAAGUCAAGACUCGAAGAGAAGUGUGCCGAAGCGGAGAGCAAUGGAGACGCAGAAGCCACAGCUUAAUAUCUUCUUGUCAUUACUAUUCUCAGUCUUUAUAUAUAGAAUCAAUUUUAACGGCUAAGCGCGAAGUCAGAACAGAUUUAAUGACUGUGCAUCGUCAGCAGGGGCGAGCAUUUUAUAUCAAAAGAUUGAUAUUAUGCUAAUGACAUUUGGCAUUUAGUGCAUCUAUGUGUGUUUAUUGCAAUAAUUUUUUUCAUCGAUCGGCGAUAACAGUAUGUAAAUCCAUACUAACACAAAUCUCGAAAUUCAUAAACAUCGAUUUUGUCCCCGUACUCUGGCAUCCGCAUAUAUAUUCAUUUAGCAUUAGACUAGUAAAGUAAGUGACACAUACAAAUAAUUUUAGGAAUAAUAUAUUUCUAACUUCUUAAAAUGAACAAACAGUGUGGUGCCUGAAAAAGAUACAUUUGUGCAAAAUAUUUCACUUACUAGUCCCCAUUGUUUCUGAUGCACAGAAGUAGGUAUAGGUAAAUAAACUAAUCUCAUAACCAGA